AGUUGUUCUUUAGUUAAAAGGACAGUGUCACUGACCAUACAAGUUGACUUCAGUUUGGAAGGAGAUAAAUCAAAGGCUGAAAAUAGUUUCUUCUGAAUUUCUAUCCUGUGAUUACAGGAAAUAUUCAUGCAAGCCCCCUACAAUGAAUGAAUGAUUUGCAGGCAGGAAGCUCAAACCAAACCUGACACCAAUAUCCCAAUCAUUUAGUUGAUUUGGAGCUAGUCUUUGUCAAUGGAGGACGAAAGUAGCGACUAUAGUUUGGGACACCAUAUGCCUGCUACAUUUGUCAUCGUUCGUUCAGCCGAUCGUCCAAUCUCUGAGGCAUCUGUGCAGUCAUGCUUGGGAGCAGCCACAUCAAUGUGGGCACUGUGGGAAGAGCUUCAGUUACCCUUACCAACUGGAAAUGCACCAGUGUGUGCACACUGGGAAGAGGCCAUUUACCUGCACUGUGUGCAGCAUGGGAUUCACUCAGUCGUCCACACUUGCCCUUUCCAUGCACUGACUUUGGGAAAUGCUUCAAGAGCUCCCAUCAGCUGAUGCAGCAUCAACGGCUCCGCACUGGGGAGAGGCCGUUCACCUGUCCAGAGUGUGGCAAGGGAUUCAGUCAGUCUUCCAACCUGAUCAAACGCCAGCAUCUGCACACUGGAGAGAGGCCUUACAUCUGCUCCAAGUGCGGCAAGGGAUUCACUUUAUCAUCCACCCUGCUCGCUCACCAGCGGAUCCACUCCAACGAGAGGCCCUUUCAAUGCUCAGACUGUCAAAAGAGCUUCAAGAGUUUGUGGGCACUGACGCAGCACCAGCGCAGUCACAGUGGGGAAAGGCCGUGCACCUGCUUGGUAUGUGAGAAGCCCUACACUCAGUCGUUCACCCUGUAAUACACCAGCAGAUCCAUUGAUAACUGCAAUGCUCGGGGUAAGCUGUUUCUCACAUCCAAGAGUUCCCACCUUAGGACAGGUCAUUGGUGUUUGUCCUGCAUUUUUUAAAAUAAACCCUGUAAAUGGAAUCUUGAUCCAUAUUCAACAAGACUCCGUGUCGAUGUCUGUUAAAGGAAGACUUGUGUUCAUGUUGCACAUUUCAUGACCACUCAAUGUCUUAAAAAACAAUUAAGUACCUCACCAGUGUAGUCACUGUUGGAUGUGAGUAAAGAUGCCAAUUUGUUUGUGCACAGCAAAAUCUCACACACCAUAAUACAGGACGGGUGGUGGUGUUAAAAACUAAUCUUUGUAAUGGUGACCAGGACAAUUAUCAUGAUUGUUGUGAAGAUUCAUCUGAUCCAGUAAUGUUCUUUCAAAAAGGAACCUGGUCUGGCCGAUGUGCGACUCCAGACCCACCACAAUGUAGUUUCUCACAGCUACCCUCUGAAAUGGCCCAGCAAGCCAUUCAUUUCAAGAGCAAUUAGAGAUGAGCAACAAAAGAUGGCCUUACCAGCAAUGCCUACAUCCAAUUAAAUAAUACAGAAUUGAUAUGAAUGAGCUAAACUUUGGAAUGUAUGAAUAAACUUAUAGUAGAAUACAACUGACAAGUUAAACACACGCAAAUGUCGAAUAAAGGAAUGUAAAUGGAAUACAGGAGCAAAUGGAUAUCAGGCUUCGUAUACAUUCUUUCGUGGAUGUGGACCUCGAUGACAAGGUCAGGAUUUGUCAUCCAUCUCUCAAUAAUGGUUAGGUCAGUUGCCUUCUUGAACCACUGCCACAAUGCUGUUAAGAAAGUCCAAUCCAGUCCGGUUCCUGAUCAGUGGUAACUCCAGAAUGUUGAUAGUGAAGGUAUCAGUGAUGGUAAUGCCAUCAAAUGUCGAAGAGUGGAAGAUAGAUUCUCUCUUGCUGAAAGUGGUCAUGGCCAGGCACUUGUGUAGCAUCAAUUACUUGAUACUUGUCAGCCCAAGCCCAGAUGUUCAUGGAUCUGAGUAUAAGGGUGUAAUGCCAAAUUUUGAGGUGCAGGAACCCUUAAGAAAAUAUGUUGGCCACAUCAUUUGCAGAAGAGAGUUCCAAAUCUCUGCCAACUGUAUGUGUUUAGAAUUGAUCUCUAAUUUCACUCCUGAAAGUAUAGCUCAAAUUUUUAGACUCUGCCUUCUAGUCCUAGACACCCUAACCAACAGAAGUAGUUUCUCUCUAUCUACAUCCUCUCUUGCCCCUUCGGUACAGUACAGAAGGACCUUUAAUCUAUUCUCACU